CAGCGGGGACGCGUGCAGCAGGGAGGCUGUCAGUCCUCGCCAUCCCUCCUAUUGGCUGCGGCGGGAUGCUGGGUGUCUCUCGUGUUUUCUUAAUCCUCAGUUGCAAGUGGAGCUCACGGAGCUUUGCAAUGGAGCGAGAGAGGGGACCUUCACCUGUAGAUAUUUGACAUUAUCCUGUAUCCCAGCACAGCAAACAGAAAAAAGAAACCUUACGGCACUUUUGAAGUAAUUGCUCGUCGCUUCGGAUUUUGCAUCGCUGCACAGUUCCUGGAAAUAACUUCACUGAUCCAGGUUUGUUUGCGGGCGUCUGCCGCCCUUUGCUCCGGUUUAACGGGAUACUGCAGGCUGUAUGGAGGGAUGUCGGCAUGGCUUGCACCAGGAGAACCAAAACUUUGGUGUCUACAUGCGUGAUCCUGAGCGGCAUGACCAACAUCGUUUGCCUGCUCUAUGUCGGAUGGGUUACUAACUACAUCGCCAACAUUUACAUCAAGGUCCCGAUGCCUUUACCUGAGAGAAAGUUUGAAGGUGACAAAAGAGGUGACACUCUACGGAUCAUGGAGAGACUGGAUCGGCUGGAGAAUGUGGUGAACCAGCACAUACAAGAAACACCAGGGAGGGGAGAGGAUGGUCAGCCAGACACAUCAUUCUCUGACUCAUCACUGUUUGCUCACUGGGGCCAGGAACUUGGUCCAGACAACAGACGGGUGGCACUGAAGAUGUUCCAGUACUAUGGAUAUAACGCCUACCUCAGUGAUCGUCUCUCUUUGGACAGGCCAAUAUCAGAUCUCAGGCCUGAUGGGUGCAAAAAUAUAACUUAUCCUUUGAACCUCCCUCAAGUGAGCAUUGUGUUCAUCUUUGUGAAUGAAGCCUUGUCGGUCAUCCUGCGGUCCAUUCACUCUGCAAUCAACAGGACACCCUCCCACCUUCUCAAAGAGAUAAUCCUGGUGGAUGACAACAGCAAUAACAAUGAGCUAAAGGAGAAGCUGCAGGAUUUUGUGUCUGAAACAAACAGCCACCGUCCAGGAUUCAUUAAAAUGGUGCGGCAUGCCAAGCAGGAGGGUUUGAUCCGGUCCAGAGUGAGUGGGUGGAGGGCUGCUACCGCCCCAGUUGUUGCUCUGUUUGAUGCCCACGUUGAGUUCAAUGUUGGCUGGGCUGAACCCAUUCUGCAGAGAAUUAAAGAAGACAGAACGCGCAUAAUCUCCCCGUCAUUUGAUAACAUCAAAUAUGACACUUUUGAAAUUGAAGAGUAUCCACUGUCUGCCCAGGGCUUUGACUGGGAGCUGUGGUGUCGAUACCUCAACCCACCCAAGUCCUGGUGGCACAAGGGCAACAAAAGUGCCCCAAUCCAGAGCCCAGCACUGAUUGGCUGCUUCGUGGUGGAUAGGCUGUACUUUGAGGAGAUUGGUCUGCUGGAUGAAGGGAUGGAGGUGUAUGGGGGAGAAAAUGUGGAGCUGGGAAUCAGGGUGUGGCAGUGUGGCGGCAGCGUUGAGGUCCUGCCUUGUGCUCGCAUCGCCCACAUAGAGCGGGCUCAUAAACCGUACACUGAGGAUCUCACGUCUCAUGUGCGACGGAACGCCCUCAGAGCCGCAGAAGUCUGGAUGGAUGAGUUUAAAAGCCACGUCUACAUGGCUUGGAAUAUCCCGAUAGAGGACUCAGGGAUUGAUAUUGGCGAUAUCUCCGAGAGGAAGGCUCUGAGGAAGAGGCUGCAGUGUAAAACCUUCCGCUGGUACCUGGUCAACAUCUACCCCGAGAUGAGGAUGUACAGCGACACCAUCGCAUAUGGAGUAUUGAAAAACUCUCUGAAGAACGAUCUGUGUCUGGAUCAGGGCCCGGACAAUGACAACAUCCCCAUCCUGUAUCUCUGUCACGGGAUGACACCGCAGAAUGUGUACUACACCAGUACUCAGCAACUCCACAUCGGGCUCCUCAGUCCCACCGUUGAUGACGACGACAACAAGUGCCUGGUGGAUGUGAACAGUAGGCCUCGCCUUAUUGAGUGCAGCUACGCUACAGCCAAACGCAUGAAACUACACUGGCUCUUCACUCAGGGAGGAUCCAUUCAGAACAAGAAAUCAAAGCGAUGCCUAGAGCUUGUAGCGAGCAGUGACAACGAGUUUGGCUACCAACUGGCUCUGCAGAGAUGCACUGGACAGAAAUGGUUCAUCACGAAUGUGCUGUUUAGCAGCUCCCUAUGAUCGACUUCUGAAAGAAACACUGGAGGGAACAGCAACUGGAUUGAGUGGAAUAGUUUCUGUAGUGUGCACAUAUUUAUGCAAGUGUCUGCGCAUGUGAAGGGAUAAGGAGCCGGAGUUCAUUUGGAGCCACGAUGUCCUCUGAUGAGCAGUCGACAUCACAUCGUAAAUGUUAAACAUUUCAUUUUGUCUACAGGAUCAGCCAUAGCUGGCGGAUAUUUUACUAAUUUGACAAUGUAGUAUAUUUAGUAUAUUUUGUGGUAAAUACAGUACAGUCAGAUUUUUGUUGACUUUCAAGAUGUAAUGGGUCCAAUAUGGUUUUGUACUUUGUUUAUAUUUGCUACUGUGUAGCAAACACUCGGAAACUGUCCCUGCUGUAAUCAUUUUAUUUUAGUGUCUCAGGUUUGUAGGUUUAUUAUGCGACUCAAACUGUACAAUAGUGGAAAAUGUUGAAAUAAAUCAGAAAAUGAUAUUUUCUAAAUGUAAAUAUUUUGAACACUUGUAAUAUAUAAAAGUAAAAUUACUGAUGUAAA